AUUCUUCAGUCUUUGGCCAGCUCUCUAACCGAUUUGACCUGCUCCAGAGCUUCGAGUUUUUAGUGUAAAUAAUAGGAAUUAAGAACUCUGGCUAUUUGAAAAGAACGUGCCCUUCGAACAGAGAACAACAUCAAAACAUUUGUUUAAACAUUUACACUCAUCAGACAUGACCCUCAGGGACUGGGGCUAUCGCCUGCUGCCGGGUCUAAAGUGGCUGCACGGCUACACCGGUCAGGAUGCAGUGGCGGACCUGAUAGCCGGAGUGACGGUGGGACUCACGGUGUUGCCCCAGGGAUUGGCCUAUGCCACGCUGGCUGGGCUGGAGCCACAGUAUGGCCUGUACUCGGCUUUUGUGGGCGGCAUCGUGUACGCAAUGCUCGGCAGUUGCCGGCAGGUGACGAUUGGACCCACGGCACUGCUGGCACUGAUGACCAGCCGGCACACUGGCUUCGGUUUGGGAUCUGGUCCUGCCUACGCGAUACUGCUGUGCCUCAUCUCCGGCGUGGUGGAACUGGGCAUGGCAGUGCUGAAGCUGGGCGCCCUGGUGGACCUAAUAUCACUGCCAGUCACUGUGGGAUUCACAUCCGCCACCGCCGUAAUCAUUGGCACCUCGCAGCUAAAAGGUUUACUGGGCUUGCGUGGAGGAUCCGGCUCUGACUUCAUCCACACCAUGCGCUCGGUGUUUGGUAAUCUGCAUCAGGUGCGGAAAGGCGACUUUACUUUGGGAUUGGUGUCCAUCACAGUUCUGUUGCUGCUGCGGAAACUCAAAGACGUGAAACUUGACGGAAGAAUCCGGAGUUUGCGGACGCAGCAGCUGAUAAGCGGUAGCAUCUGGGUGAUAGCCACCGGACGGAAUGCUCUGGUGGUGCUGGUGACCAGUGUGCUGGCCUACAGCACGUGCGAGCAAAUGGCGAGCUGUCCCUACAUCCUCACCGGAAAGGUCAAGAGCGGUCUGCCAAACGUCUCGCUGCCCAAAUUCGAGACUACCAUUCUAGACAGAAAUGGCACCGAGAUCAAGCAGAACUUUGAGCAGAUGCUCUCGGAAUUGGGUCCUUCCAUGAUAAUACUGCCCAUUAUUGCUGUGCUGGGAAAUGUGGCCAUCUCAAAGGCCUUUGGAGGAGCCGGGUUGAGUCCCACGCGUGAACUGGUUGCCCUUUCGAUGAGCAACAUCUGUGGCGCCUUCUGCAGCUCAAUGCCGGUAACGGGAUCCUUUUCGCGCAGUGCCGUCAACCAUGCGAGUGGAGUAAGGACUCCGCUGGGAGGCUGCUAUACGAGUGUGCUGGUUCUGCUGGCGCUGGGACUGCUGGCACCCUACUUCCAGUACAUCCCGAAGGCGGCCCUCAGUGCGGUCAUCAUCUCGGCGGUGAUAUUCAUGAUCGAGUUCGAGGUCAUCAGGCCGCUGUGGCGCUGCAGCCGACGGGAGCUGCUCCCGGGGGCCAUUACAUUCGUGAUGAGCCUGGCGGUGGGCGUUGAAAUUGGCCUCCUGCUGGGCGUGAGUGCCGAUGUGGCCUUCCUCGUUUACCGAGCAGCCCGACCCGUGCUGAGUGUGUCCAAACUGCAGACCAGCAAUGGCAUUAACUACAUUCUGAUUCGACCCAAGCACAGUUCACUGUACUUCCCGGCCAUCGAAUGGGUUCGCUCGGGAAUCUCCAAGGCUCUGACCACCCACGGAACCGCUCCCGUUGUCCUGGAUUGUGCACAUGUGCACGAUUUCGAUUUCACGGCAGCUCGAGGAAUGGGAUCGUUGCAGAAGGAACUCGCCAAGGCGAAUGUGCCCUUGUUCUUAAUGAGUGCCCACAAGGACAUCGGUGUGAUACUGAAGGAGUCGACCAACAUUGAUUUUCCCACGAUAGACUGCCCCGAUGACUUGGAAUUCCUUUUGGAGCAAACUCCCGACUAUGUUCUGCAUUUGCAGAUCGCAGCUCCGCUUGUCCAGUCGCAUCGGGUACGUUGCGAUGCCGGGGAACCAACUGAACUGAGUAAACUUAAUGGAAAAACUACUUAGAAACAAUCAGGAUAUUGUUAAAUUUAUAUGUACUUAAGUAUACGUUGCGGCACAAAAUCUUAUUUAUGGCAACUAAACCUGCAAUGCAUAGUUUAUUAAUAUGCUAUACUUCUUAGCAUUUGUAGCUCUCUCAUUUUCCUAUUGCCGAAUUUGGUAUUCAACUGAAACACACAUUUCAUGUCCAACUUUCCAUUCCUAUGCUAUGUUCCCUCAAAUAUAUUAGGUUUAAAUUGUAUAUAUCUACUUAAGGUUUACACAUUUGUUUUAAAUUUUGUUUUUAAUUAUACUCUUAGAUGUUCUCAAAAGAAAAUUUUUAUUAUUAUAUGUUUGGUCUGUGUUCGUUGAAUUUGUAUGAGAUCUUAUAGAUUUUUUAUAACUUUGUUUAAUAUUAAGUUAUUAAAAACCAAGCCCAAAACUAUGCAACACAAUUUUGAAAACAUUUCGAAAGAAAAGCCCAAUAAUGAUUAAGCAUAUCCCCAAAAGUCUGCAAUAAUUUGUGAAAGAAAACAAGUUCUCUUUUCUUAACAAAAUUCGCAUUUAUUUAAUAUUUGUUAUCUGUAAGAACUGAUGCUUAUAAUAAAUCAGCGGAUAAAACUAAUUUUUACAUGCGUAGACAAAAUUAAAGAGACAAAAAUAGUUUUAGCUUGUUUUUAAGAUUAAGAACAUUCGAAUUCGAAGGCAAUAAA